UUUUAAAAUGAUGGGAAAGUACGGACUGGACGCUUAGUUAUCCAACAACCUACCAUGAGGAAUCGUGGAUUAUUACGCUUUAUUUUUAUUUUCCUGUUCUAUAUCUUCAUUUGCAAUGUGUUACGAAUGCCUGAACACUGAUUACCACGACGUGCAAUGCUAACCGGUGUUCCGGAUGGUUGGAAGAAAGCUAGGGGCGGCCAAACCAAGACGUGGCAUCAGUGCUUGAAGUCACUAACUACUAGUCUGAGCCAUGUUGAAUCUACAUGCAACAUUUUUGAUGUAUGUUCAACUAACCCAUGCCAUUCAAAUGGAUAUUGCAUUUCUUAUGAAAACGGAGGAUUUCAUUGUCGAUGUUCACAAGGUUGGACGGGUGAUGAUUGUUCUGUAGAUGUUGAUGAAUGCCAUUUAAGUUCGACAAAUCCAUGUGAACAUAAUGGUGUUUGCAUUAAUUCACCUGGAGGUUAUCAGUGUUUAUGUCCACCUGGAUAUCAUGGAUCAAGAUGUGAGGAUGAAAUUUUAGAAUGCGCAUUAAAUCCCUGUAAACAUGAUGGAACAUGCAUAGAUUUAAUCAAUGGUUUUCAAUGCGUCUGUCCACUUGGUUAUGAAGGUUUAACCUGUGAAGAUGAAAUUAAUGAAUGUUCGUCUUCACCAUGUAAAAAUGGUGCACAAUGUGAAGAUCUAAUCAAUAAUUAUACAUGUCAUUGUUUACCUGGAUGGACUGGUUUACAUUGUGAAAAUCGUAUUAGACCAUGUGCUGCUAAUUCAUCAUUAUGUUUAAAUAAUGCUACAUGCUUAGAUUUAAUGACAACAAAUGAAAACAUUGAAAUGAUUAAUGAGUCAAAUGAUCUUUUUGUAUGUCUUUGUCCUGAAGGUUUUCAUGGCAAGUUAUGUGAAACAAAAAUAAUUAAUAAUUAUUGUACGGAGAUUGUCUGUCAAAAUGGUGGACAAUGCAAUAUAUUAGACAAUGGUAAAGAAUAUUGUACAUGUUUGAAAAAUUAUCACGGAUUAUACUGUGAAGUAGAAGAGAAUCAAGAAGAACAAAAUACAGAAUUAUUCCGAAUAGAAAAAGACCAAAUUGAAAUGGAGACAUUUAAUUGUUUCAAAACACCAUGUUUCAAUAAUGGUACUUGUCAUGUACUUGGUGGCAUCAGUAACUCCUCGACCAUAACAAUCACUAAUACAACAGUUAAUAGUAAUAGUAAUAGUGGUAGUACAUUUUGCCACUGUAAACCUGGUUUCUCUGGUCAUUACUGUGAAAACAUACAAGACUAUUGUCAACAUUCACCAUGUCAAAAUGGGGGAGUAUGCAUGUUAAAAAACGGUGAUAAUAAUAACAAUACUAUUAAUUAUUUGAAUGUUGUAAUAGCUGAAUCGAAUUACACUUGUAUGUGUCAACCUGGAUAUUCAGGAAAACAUUGUGAAAUUAAUAUAUUCGACUGUUUCAAUCAACCUUGCGGAUCCUACGGAAUCUGUAGAGAUGAAAUUAAUGGUUAUCAUUGUGAAUGUUUAAAAGGAUGGGAAGGAUUACAUUGUGAUAAAAAAUCAUUGUCAACAAAACUGGUUACAUAUGAAAAAAAUACUGGAUCUAAUUCAAUGUUGAUGUUGAUGAACAGUAAUUCACAAGAAAUUCACUUCAACCUUAGCAGAUUAUGUCCUAAAAACUAUUAUUGUGCUAACUCAGCUCUUUGCAUUUUCACUAAUGAUGAUACAUCUUCAUUUAUGUUGAAUAAUUUGAACAUUGCAAGUGAAUAUAAAUGUCUUUGUGAGACAGCAAUUGGUCGAUUCGAAGGUAAUUAUUGUGACAUUGACGUGAAUGAAUGUUUCGAGUCUGAAGAAAAACAGUCAUCAUUAUGUCAAAAUGGUGGACAAUGUAUAAAUACCUAUGGAUCGUAUAUAUGUAGUUGUACAACAGAGUAUUAUGGUAAACAUUGCGAAUAUUCAUUUAAUCCAUGUAACUUUGACAAUACAUCAAUCUGUUUCAAUGGAGGGAUAUGCUUACCAUCAUCAGAUGGUAUAGGCACGUUAUGUGUUUGCCCAAAAGGAUUUACUGGACCUCAAUGUAGAGAACAGAUAAAUGAGUGUACUGGUCACCAUUCAUGUGUAAAUGAUGGAAUAUGUUUAGAUUUGGUUGGAAAGUAUCAUUGUUUAUGUCCAAUUGGUACAUAUGGAAUGAAUUGUGAAUUCACUUCUAAACAAAUUUGUACUAAUCAAUCGUGUAGUGAUAAUGUAAACGUAAGAAACUGUACAACAAAUCUUUGUUUAAAUGGAGGCUCGUGUAUAAAUUAUUAUACUACCAACAACGGCAGUGUCCAAAGAGAUAACCAACACCACAAAUAUCUUCGUAUUCUUGAACAGAACAAUUUUUUGGAAUCGCAAUUACCUCAUUGUUCUUGCCCAUUCGGUUAUAUUGGUGAAUAUUGUCAGAUAGAAUUAGAUUUUUGUCAACUUUUUCAUCAUAUUAAACACUACUUCUUUAAUUAUUUUAAACAACUUAAAGAAAUUGAAGAUUAUUUUCGCAAAAAUGUAACCAUUUCAAGUUAUCAUAUCAAUGAUUGGUUAAUUUCAUCGUCCUUAUCAUCACUAUAUCAUACAUGGUAUGAGAUAAACUUGUUAUAUUCUACAUUCGUAAUAAAUUAUACAUAUUCUCGGUUACUGAAUGACACUCAUAUAAGAAAGAUUUUAUCAACAGGAAAUUUAUUCAUAAACGAUUCUCUCGUAGACAGAAAAAGCACUCUAUCUGAUUCAACUUUAUUUAUGAUAGCUUCACCAAUGGGUUUAUGUGAUCCUAUUGGAAGUUCUCAAUGUGUUCCAUUAUUAUCUUCUGUGAGUGAUGGUUUACGAAGUGAUAGUGGUGGGUUUACAUGCAUCUGUCAUGUAGAUUAUGAAGGUAGAUAUUGUGAGAAAUAUGUUGACUUUUGUGAUAAAAUGAACAAACAAUACAAUGGGAAUUAUUGCUUAAAUGGAGGUUGGUGUGAAAAUCAAAUCAAACAAAUCACACCAAACUAUAAUAGUGAUCAUAAUAAUUAUAACAAUGCACAUCGUCAUCGAAUAUUCCCUAUUUGCCACUGUCCAUCAGGUUUUGGUGGAGAAAGAUGUGAAGUUUAUCAUGAAUUAUGCAGUCAUUCACCAUGUCUUCAUGGUGGUAUAUGUCAUCCGACUAAACAACAAGUAUCACAGUUACAACUAAAAGAAAUUAAAUUUAGUCCCACAGUUUCUGGAAAUAAUUCUUCAUCUUACUUUAUUCCACCGUACAGAUGUGAAUGCUUAUUUGGUUGGUCUGGAAUACACUGUGAAGUUAGUACUGGAUUAUAUUGUGAUGUAUCGAGAUUAUGUAUGGAUUAUACAAAUUGUAAUGAUUCUUUGACAUUUAAUUGUCCAUGUACAAAACCAGGUUAUUGUGGCUUAAACUGCGACAAAUAUGGUACUGAAUGCUUCGCGUUCACAAACGAAAGUAGUAGUAUAGCUAAUGAAAUUACAACUGAUCUGCCCAUUGCUACCACUGUCUUUACUACUACCACUACUAUCAGUAGUACGAAUAUAGUUACCUCGAAUAGUAUCAAGAAACAUAAAACAAUGAGUAGUGUUACAUCAUGGCCAGGUGAAGAGACUGAAUUAUCUUAUUGUCUACGUGAAAACUGCCAAUUAAAAAAACAUAAUGGUCGGUGUGAUCGUGAAUGUGAUUUGAUUGCUUGUGAUUUUGAUCAUGGAGAUUGUUUAUAUGCGUUGUCUGUACCAUUGGAUCCUCUAUCAUAUAUUGAACCCCUCGAAAGUAAUGAUAUUAGUAAUCAUGGUGAUAAUAAUACAACUCAUUACGUGAGUUUUGUACAAGAUAUCCAACAACAUCCAGAACCCGCCAUACCAUGGCGAAGUUGUUCAGUGUUAAUUGAACAUACUGAACAUACACCAUGUCAUUUAUUAUUUGGUGAUGGAAAUUGCGAUCCUCAAUGUUUCAGAGAAGAAUGUUUAUUUGAUGGCUGGGAUUGUAUACAAACAAAAUUUGACGUUAAUUUGACGAAAGAAAACUGCUCCGAAUCAUCAUGUCAAGAUUAUUAUAUUACUAAAACAAUGGAAUGUAACCAAAAUGAUGGGGAUAAUUGUACAUUAAAUGAUGAUCUCAAAAAUAUCACAUUUUACAUGAAUUUACCUAUCAUAAAUGACAAUAAUAAUAAUAUUACGAAUAUGUCAUCUAGUAGUAGACAUUACACCAAUCAUAUUGUACCAGGAAGCUUAGUUCUAUUGAUUAAUUCUACUCCAGAAGAAUUGAUAACAAUACAUUCUGAAAAAUUAUCACUGCUGACUUUAUUAAACACAAUUUUACAUUUAGAAGUAGAAAUUGAACAUCAUCCAAAGACUGGUAACUUAAUGAUCUAUCCAGUAGUGUAUAUUACUAAUUAUACAGAUGACAAUUAUGAAAAUUCGUUAUUUAGAACAAUACAACUGAAAAAUAGUAACUUAUUGACAUCUGAACAAGUGAAUACAAAGUCAGGUGGGAUUCGUUCACGAUAUUCACGUCAUGUGAAUAUGAAAUCAUCAUUGUCGGAUAAACAAUUAAUGUUUGAUCAAAAUGAACAAAAAAAGAGAAUUUAUCAGAAAGAAAGUAUGGGAAGUCAAGUUUAUUUACAGCUGAAUUCAAAAAAAUGCGAUGAAACCGGUGGACCUUGUUUUCAUAAUGUGGACUUUGCAGCACAAUUUCUUACAGCCUAUAUGCAUACUCAUAAUCAUAAUUUAUUACAAACUAUUCUUACUGUACAAUCAAUUCGACCUGAUACAUCAUCAACAUCGUUAUUUGAAGAGGAAAAACGAAUUCGUUAUAAAAUUAUGGAUAUAUCAAUAUAUAUCACAUCAUUAUUAAUUUGUAUAUUAUUUUUAGUAUUUUUAUUCGGUGUAUUAUUUACUGUGAAUCAUUUUCAACGUCAACGUGCCAAUUAUCAUUUACGUUCAACUGGAUCAUUUCAUACUAGUGGACGUUUAGGACAAAAAAUGAUUAAAAAAGUUCUUAAAGCAAAAGUUUGGUAUCCAAGUCCUGGCCUAGUCCGUAAUUCACGAAUAGUUCACAAUUCACCCAAUAAUUAUAACAAACCUUCAAAAUUCACUAAUGAUCCUACUAAGUAUUUAUCAUUAAAGCUACCAACGCUGGAACAACAGUCAAUAACUACAACAACAACUACUACUUCAUAUGACGAACAAACAAAUGAUGUAAACAUUAAAAAUAAAUCUGUUAGUGAAUUAGAGAAAUGUUUAGAUAUGCUGCAAGGUAGAGCUUAUGAUACUACAUUGUCUUGUGCAAUGACAAUUGAUAAUAAAAAUUCCAUUUCACUAACACCAUCUUCACCUUGUUCACACAAUCAUUAUGACGUUAACAAAACAUCUGAUUUCGGUGAUAUGAAUACUAAAUUUACACAUAAUCAUAUUCCUUCGGCUCUAAUUAAAUAUACUACUACACAUACAUUUACAAUGCCAGUUUCAUGUAUUUCACAAAAUUAUCUCUGUAAUUCAUCAUCACUAUCCUCAACAGAACACCAACAAAAUCAACGACAGCAUUAUUCAUUUAUCCCGAUGUUAGAAUCCACUGAAUACGAUCAUAGUGGCAGUCCAAGUAAUAGUACAAUGACAACUGCUAUAAAUAUGAAUAGAACAAAUAAUUUCAAUGAUUUCGAUUGUCAACAAAGUGAAAAUACUGACAGUUUUAAUAAUAACAGUAAUAAUUUCCAAACUAUGCAAGAAUUAUGUCAAUUUUUAAGUUCCAUUACACAAUCAGAACUGAAUAGUUUUCAGAAAAUCCUACAAAAGACCAUACUUGAUUACUAUGGUUCAAAGGAACUAUUAGAGAUGAAUAGUUAUGAGCGAUAUCAACAGAAGCAACAACAACGGCUAUGUACGACAUUUUCCGGAUUACCAAAUCCAGCUUUAAACUCCGAAAUCAAUAAUUCUGAUUUUAAUAUAGUCUGUCAUCUUCUUACUCAAAAUGAUGAAUCAAACACGAUGCGAACGAUGCUGCAUAAUUCUGUGGACUCAAUGAUUUCUUGGCAAAUGAUAUACAAUUCUACCCAUUUGCAUCGUCUACUGAAUCUUCGGAUUCCAGACACCGGUGAAACAUUGCUUCAUAUAUCUGCAAGAUUUAAUCAAGAUAAAGCUAUCUACAAUCUUCUAAACGCUGGAGCGGAUUUUUCUACUGUUGAUAAUCAAGGUCGUACAGCACUUUACACUGCAGUUAGUGUAAGUGCUAUUGAAUCAGUUCAAGCAAUUCUCAGUCAUCCAACAUCGGGUUUAAGUCCAUUCUGUUAUUUACCAAAUACAUUACAAGAUUCUACAACACCACUUAUACAAGCAAUUAAAUUAGGAGAUACUGACAUAUUCAAUAUGCUUUUACAUGCAAUGAAUGUAUUAGUUUGUGCAUUGACAAAGACUAAUAUUUCACGUGGUCAAGAAUAUACAAGUUAUGAUAUAGUUGGAACAUCAACGGAUUUACUUCAUAUUCAAUCUACAUCAUCAUCAUUAUCAACUGGAGCAGUAGCAUCAUCAUCUCCACCAAUAGUGAUCACUACACCAACAGUCAGCGGUGGCGUAGAACUUAACUACGAAGAGAAUACUCUAAAUUUUCUUGAUAUUAACACUUCAGAUAGUUUAGGACGUACAGCGUUACAUUGGGCAGCUGUAACAGAUCAAUCGGAUAUCAUUCAUAGUUUGUGUAAUUCUGGUGCAACUGUAGACGCACAAACAUUACAUGAAGAAACUCCAUUAGCAUUGGCAUGUAGAGAAGGUGCUAUGAAAAGUUGUCGUUUAUUGUUGCUAACUGGAGCUAAUUUAAAUUUGGCCGAUUAUUUAGACCGUACACCGAGAGAUUUAGCUUAUUUAGGUGGACAUUAUGAGAUUGUUAAUUUAUUAGAUGAAUAUACCGCCAAUUCAAAUACUGAAUAUUGUACAAGUGGAAAUCUAAACAAAUUAACUAAAAGCAUGAUUUAUUCACUUCGAAAACAUUGA